CAAGGGGAGGAGGUGUCUGGCUUGCACAUACUGCAUUGGGGAGAAUGUCAGAUAGAGAUUGACGGCAUUCAUCUGUCGACGAGCCCAGCCAAGAGCUCGAGACAAAGUUUCUUGAAUGGCAUUAGAAAGGGUGGGAGUGCGUUGCGCAGCAGUCCCAAGACGCCGGCUGUCCGCGGAUUGGGAUUGAUGACCUGUGGACGAUAUUCAGUGUUUGGCGAAGAGUUGGCAGAUACCUUCAAGUCAGAUAAAAAGCGAAGAUAUUCGGUCAAGGCCAUAAGUGCAUGCUCUUUCUAUUUCAUUCCUGCUUCGGUUCUAAAUAAUCCUCCGGGAAAUGAAAAACGGAGAUCUGAGAGGCAAAAUUUCCUCACUACACAGCUAAAGCAACUUUCUCAGAAUCGUCAAAUCUGGUUGCAGAGUCGAGUUGAGGCGCUCAACGACGCUUGGUAGGGAGGAAUGCUUCUUUGAUCCCAACGCCAUUGCAGAUGCCUGUUUUUCUGAUGUGUAUUUAUUGUUACUAGAGGAAAAAACAAUACUAAGAGC